UAGAUUCCAGAAUGAGACGGUCAAAUGACUGAGCAUGUGUGACCUACUGUCAAGCUGUGCUGCUGUUAUUCAAGGAAUCAAUGUGAAGUGGGCCUCGGAGCAGGACUCCAUAUAGGCAGCAGACAAGCACCAGAUGCGGUUUUCUCAAUACGCUUGACUAAAGAAAUAGUCCCAGCCAAUCGACAUGAGCUCUCAAGGAUUUGGCAAUCCAAUGGCAGUUGAGGAUUCAACAUUCCAAACUGGUAAAAUCCUGCCUGUCCUCAAAACAACCGCUUCAGAGGAGGAGAAGAUGAAUGCCGCCAAUACACAGAGACGUAACACCGGACAGACAGAACUCAGAAGAUAUUAUACUAUCGAUGCUGAGCAAAAAACAACCCAGGAGAAGAAGGAUGUCCGUCGGAUGUCUUUCCAGAAGCCCAAGGGAACUACUGAAUACACAGUUGAAUCAAGAGACUCUUUGAAUAGCAUUGCGCUCAAAUUUGACACUGCACCUAAUGAGCUUGUACAGCUGAAUAAACUGUUUGCCAGAGCAGUUGUUCCAGGCCAGAUUCUUUAUGUUCCUGAUCCAGAAUACGUUUCCAGUGUGGACAGUUCACCAUCAUUGAGUCCAGUCAGCCCUUUGUCACCAACUUCUUCAGAAACAGAGUUUGAGAAACCUAUGGAUGUGGAACACGCUCACCUCAAAGACUCAAGCUGCUCACCAAUACUGUGCAGCCGGUCGCCAAAGUCCAAGGAAGAGGAGGCCUUCACUGAGAAGUUUCUUAAAAUUACGUGCCGAUACAUAACUGAAGGAAAGGGUGCUGUCAGUGGAGUACUUCUUGUGACACCAAACAACAUUAUGUUUGAUCCUCUCAAACAUGAUCCUCUAAUAAAGGAGUGGGGCUGUGAGGAAUAUGGCAUCAUGUGUCCCAUGGAGGAGGUCCUUUCAGCAGCCAUGUACAGUGACAUUUUGGACAAUAAAGUCAAAGAGCCUUUGCCUGUAGAACCAGAAUGUCCUGGAUCAAUCAAAGAUGCAAACCAGUUAGAUGAAAGAGCAAGAAACAAUGCUAUUGAAGAGGACUUCAAACGACAAGACCCAGAGAAUGAUAGCAUAAGCACAGCUCCCAGAAGCACAAAGCAUUCCUUGUCUGAAGAUGUGUUCACUAAAUCUGAACUCUCCCUAAUCCGAGAAGACCUGGCCUCCUGUGAUGAGUUUAGACAAGAUAAGUUAUCUGGAGCCUCAUCAAAGUCUGUGCAAACCAUGAACCAGUCUGUAAGGGAAGUCUGCCUCCAAUCUGCAUCAGCAGAAUCAUUGGAAGUGAAAGUGACCAAGCAAGUUAGUGCUGAAAGUCUGUUGCAUCAUGAUGGUCAUGAACUGAUUGAAAUGAAGGGAAGUGGAAACCCGGAGAUGGAAAUCACCAAAAACAAACAUCACCCUGAUGAUCAUGGUCAUGUUGCACAUCAAGGUGAGGAUGAACAACAAGCCACUUGUGACCACAAAGAUGCUGAAGCUGAAGGAUUGGGUAUCAAGUGCAGAGCAACUCAGAGUGCUUCUGUUUCUAACUUAUCGGGCAGCUGCAAGAAGGAGAAUACUGAUCAGUCGAGGAGAGCAGGCAAAGAGUUUGUUCCUGAUUCUGCAAAUGACGUGAAAGAACUCCAAAAACUGUGGAAAAGCCAUGCUCUGCAACAGAGGGAAACAGUGCAACAUUCCACCAACAAAGACAUCAAGCCAAAAACUGGGCAAGCUGCAAAAAGAUCUGGAGAAGGUAGUGCCAUACCAAAAGAAAAAAAGUGGAAUCGAUCACACAGGUUCUUACGUUUGAGAGUUGGGAAGCCCAUGCGGAAGACGUUUGUAUCAGUAGCAAGUGCAUCAAUGCAGCAGUAUGCCCAGAGGGACAGGAAGCAUGAGUACUGGUUUGCAGUACCACAGGAAAGGGCUGAGCAUCUAUAUGCCUUCUUUGUGCAAUGGUCUCCAGAAUUGUAUGGCGAUGAAACUGGAGAAUUGGUGAAGCAGCAAGGAUUCAUGGUCAUCAGAAAGAAUGAGAAGUCAAAAAUGAAUGAGAAUUCCAACAAUAUCCCUUUGCUGGCAGACUGGGAGAUCCAAGAGGCAUUCUGA